AGUCGGUAGCAGACGCCGGGUUGCCGCCUGUUCUCCCGCCUUCAUUUCCCAUCGUGCUGAGGCGGGUGGCAUGGCGGAGAAGGAUGACACCGGACUUUGACGAAGAGGUGGUUUUUGAGAAUUCUCCACUUUACCAGUACUUACAAGAUCUGGGACAUACAGACUUUGAAAUAUGCUCUUCUCUGUCACCAAAACCAGAAAAAAGCACAGUGACAGAGGGACAACAAAAGCCUCCUGCAAGAGCCCUGCCAAAGCAAAGCAUCCUGUUAAAAGUGGCUGAAACCAUCAAAAGUUGGAUUUUUUCUCAGUACAAUAAGAAAGAUGAUUUACUUCACAAAUUGGAUAUUGGAUUCCGACUCGACUCACUACAUACCAUCCUGCAACAGGAAGUCCUGUUACAAGAGGAUGUGGAGCUGAUUGAGCUGCUUGAUCCCAGUAUCCUGUCUGCAGGGCAAUCUCAACAACAGGAAAAUGGACACCUUCCAACGCUUUGCUCCCUGGCAACCCCUAAUAUUUGGGAUGUCUCAGUGCUGUUUGCCUUCGUUAGUUUGCUCAUUAUGCUUCCCACUUGGUGGAUUGUAUCUUCCUGGCUGAUAUGGGGAGUGAUCCUAUUUGUUUAUCUGAUUAUAAGAGCUUUGAGAUUAUGGAGGACAGCUAAACUACAAGUAGCUCUAAAAAAAUACAAUGUCCAUUUAGAAGAUAUGGCAACAAAUAGCCGAGCUUUUACUAACCUUGUGAGAAAAGCUUUACGUCUCAUUCAAGAAACUGAAGUCAUUUCCAGAGGAUUUACACUUUUGCUUGACAGGGUCAGUGCUGCUUGCCCACUUAAUAAAGCCGGACAGCAGCCCAGCCAGCAUCUCCUCGGUCUUCGGAAAGCUGUCUACAGAACCGUAAGAGCCAACUUUCAAGCAGCAAGGCUCGCUACCCUAUAUAUGCUGAAAAACUACCCCCUGAACUCUGAGAGUGACAAUGUAACCAACUACAUCUGUGUGGUGCCUUUUAAGGAGCUGGGCCUGGGCCUCAGUGAGGAGCAGAUUUCAGAAGAGGAAGCACAUAAUCUUACAGAUGGCUUCAGCCUGCCUGCUUUGAAGGUUUUAUUUCAGCUCUGGGUAGCACAGAGUUCAGAGUUCUUCAGACGGUUAGCCCUGUUACUUUCUGCAGCGAAUUCACCUCCUGGGCCCUUACUUACUCCAGCACUUUUGCCUCAUCGUAUUUUAUCUGACGUGACUCAAGGUCUACCUCAUGCUCAUUCGGCCUGUUUGGAAGAGCUUAAACGCAGCUAUGAGUUUUAUCGUUACUUUGAAACUCAGCACCAGUCAGUACCGCAGCGUUUAUCCAAAACUCAGCAGAAGUCAAGAGAACUGAAUAACGUUCACACAGCAGUACGCAGCUUUCAGCUCCAUCUGAAGGCAUUGCUGAAUGAGGUAAUAAUUCUUGAAGAUGAACUUGAGAAGCUUGUUUGUACUAAAGAAACACAAGAACUAGUAUCAGAAUCUUACCAAAUCCUAGAACAAAAGUUAAAGGUGAUUCAGCCUCAUGUUCAGGCAAGUAACAAUUGCUGGGAAGAGGCCAUUUCUCAAGUGGACCGACUGCUCCGGAGAAACACAGAUAGAAAAGGCACGCCCGAAAUGGUAUGUGAAAACCCACGUUGUACUGUGGUACCUUUGACGCAGCCAACUCUACACAUUGCAGACAAAGACCCAAUCCCUGAGGAGCAGGAAUUAGAAGCGUAUGUAGAUGACAUAGAUAUGGACAGUGAUUUCAGAAAGGAUGAUUUUUAUUACUUGUCUCAAGAAGACAGAGAGAGACAGAAGCGUGAGCAUGAAGAAUCCAAGAGGGUACUCCAAGAAUUAAAAUCUGUGCUGGGAUUUAAAGCAUCAGAGGCGGAAAGGCAAAAGUGGAAGCAACUUCUAUUUAGUGAUCACGCUGUGUUGAAAUCCUUGUCUCCUGUAGACCCAGUGGAACCCAUAAGUAAUUCAGAACCAUCAGUGGAUUCAGAUAUGGGGACAGUUGGUAAAAAUGAUACUGAAGAGGAAAAUAGUAAACCCUCCACAGCUGACAAUGAAAUAAGUAGUAGGACUGAGUAUUUAUGUGAAAACCCUCUAGAUGGUAACAAUAAGGACAAUUCUGCAAAUGAAGCCUUCCUCCAAGGAGCUGAAGAAAGAGUGUGUUCCCAGUGUGGGAGUGAAGAGGAAUUCCGGCAGGCGGAUGUAGGGAGCCUGUCCCUGCCCACUGCCCAUCCAGCUCCCGGGGACUCACUCCAGCCUUCCAUUAAGCAGAGGCUGGCGCGGCUCCAGCUGUCACCGGAUUUUACCUUCACUGCUGGCCUUGCUGCAGAAGUGGCUGCUAGAUCUCUCUCUUUUACCACCAUGCAGGAACAGACUUUUGGUGAUGAGGAGGAAGAACAAAUAGUACAAGAAAAUGAAAAUGAGGUACAAGAGAAGUAGGAACCAAGAUUUACAUGGAGGAUUUUAAAUUAUUGCUCUUACACAAGUGUUUUAGCUUCAAGGCUAGAUAAUCCACUAGAAAGGGAAAGUGAGUGUUAAGUUUACUAUAUAUAAAGCUAAGAUGUGAAUUUACAGCAGGAACCCUGGUUUGAACAACUGAUCUGAAAAUAGUAGUUGACUGUAAAUGGCAAAUCUUUUAGGAAAAUAAGAGAAAGGUAAGGGCUCUUUUGAAUAAACUGCUUUUUUUUUUUUGGCAGCACAGCUGAUCAAUCUUGGAAAUUCUUUAGGUACUUUUAAUAAACAAAUAUAUCAUUUCUUGCCAGAAUUUGCUACCAUAAAAUGACUGGGAUGAUUCUGUUGCAAGAACACUAACAUUUAGUAUGACUCCUUCUUACUGUAUUCUUGCAGUUCAUAGCUGCAGCUGUUAUGUUAAUAACAACUUGUUUGUAUUUUAUUUUUGUUUAUACCAGUCUUAAAACAAAGAUACAGGUUCUGAAUAAAAAAAAAGUUAAUUCAUACAA